AUGGCCGAGACUCCCAGAUCCGAAAGGUCGCAGACCAGAUUCAGCACUCCUGUGUCUGAUCUUGAUGACCACCGCCACCAACAGGAAUCACUCCCACGCGCACACGAACAACAGGGUUCCCGAAGAGGUACCCUGGCCAGCAUCGCUGGUAGCCCACGUCUCGCGGCCAUGAUUGCUGCCCAACAACUCGAACUUGGACAAGGAAUGAUUGCUCGCGACUUUGAGAAUGCUAUCGUCGACGACCACGACGACGACAGCAUUCGCUCCGUACAUGAGACUCCCACAUGGCGACGCAAUUCCAUCGGCCAGAAUCCCAGGAGCCGCGAGUCUUCCAGCUCAAGAUCGACCUCUCCGCCAAACUCCGUCGAUGCUUUUGCCAACCCACAAAGACGACGUCGUGGCGAUACCAUUAGUAGCGAUAUUCCUCCUUUUGUCAAUCUUAACCUCGCCAGGACUAUCUCUGGCGCCUCCAAGCAUCGUCGGUCGACCUAUGACGAUACCAAGUCAACUCACACCGUACAAUCACGCCACAGCUCUGUGCAGGACGACGUUUGCUUCCCCGCUGAGCGUGAUCAGAGCAAGACUUACUUGAUUGAUUUCGAGGAACUCGAAGAGUUUGUUGCAGAGUCGCACGACAAGACCCCUGUCUCUCAUCCUUUCCAACCACCUUUUAACAAGCAGAAAACUCACAAUGAGCCCAAGGUGUUCCAUGAUCUCCGCGCUUCCAAGACCAAUGCAAGCGACAGUGAUGUUGUGGACGAGAAGCAUGCCAUGGACCAUACCAAGAAGACAGACACUUCACCGGAGAUCGAGCUCGAGCGCGUUGUAUCGCACACCCAGUAUCUCAACAGGUUCACCUUCUUCUCUUCUGAGAUCGACGAGACUGUUCACGCACCCGAGUUGGGCGGUCUUCUCAUGCCCGGCGAGACAUUCAGAGACUUGUUCGAACUGGGUCCAGAUGGUGGUGUCUGGUGGCUCGAUAUGCUUAAUCCCUCAGAGGAAGAGGUUACUGCCAUCUGCAAGGCAUUCGGAGUUCAUCCUUUGACUCGUGAAGAUAUUGCCACGCAAGAAACUCGUGAGAAGGUUGAGCUAUUCAGAUCCUACUACUUCGUCUGUUUCCGAUCCUUCUACCAGGAGGAUAAGGAGAGCGAAGAUUUUAUGGAGCCCAUCAACGUCUACACUGUCGUCUUCCGCGAAGGCCUACUGACGUUCACUUUCUGCAACAACCCUCACGCUGCUAACGUCCGCAAGCGUAUUGGUCGUCUCCGUGACUAUGUCAAUCUCAGUGCCGAUUGGAUUUGCUACGCCUUGAUCGACGACAUUGUCGAUGCUUUCGGACCAGUCUUGCGUGACGUCGAGCACGAGGCUGAUGCUAUUGAGGACAGUGUCUUCACUGCGCGCUUCGAGGACUCGCGACUUAUCUUGCGGCAGAUUGGCACUUGCCGAAAGAAGGUCAUGUCUCUGCUUCGCUUGCUUGGCGGAAAGGCAGAUGUUAUCAAAGGAUUCGCCAAACGUUGCAACGAGCAGUACAGCAUGGCACCUCGCGGCGAUGUCGGCCUGUAUCUGUCUGACGUCCAAGACCACGUCGUAACUAUGAUGAGCAACUUGUCGCAUUUCGAAAAGAUCCUCUCGCGUAGUCACUCCAAUUACCUCGCUCAAAUCUCGGUCGACAACAUCGCGCAGGGUAACAAGGCCAAUUCCUUGCUCUCAAGAGUCACCGUCCUGGCUACCAUUCUUGUUCCUCUCAACUUGGUUACUGGCCUCUUUGGUAUGAACGUCCGCGUACCUGGUAUGGACGGACACAACCUUGCCUGGUGGUUUGGCAUUGUUGGAUUCAUGUUCCUUUUCAUCGCAACAUGCCUUCUCACUGCAUGGAAGAUUGGUCUACUCGAGGACGUUGUUCCCGAGCGCGAGGAAGAGCUGUAA